GAGAGACGCCGAGCGAGCAGUAGUGCGUCCGGAAGCACAACGCGGGGAACAGCGAGAAAACGUCCGCGUUUCGGGCUGAAAAACGCCAUAAAGUGGAUUCCCUCGAUCAGAGAGUGUGUCCAGCUCCUCAGGCUACAGUUUCCGAUACUUUCCCACACUUUAUAACGGAACUCGUGUUUGUGGAGAUCGAGAAUCGACUUCACUGAAGGGCACGAGUUGAGCUCUGACUGACUUCAGAGAGAAGUGUUCAAUAUCUGAUUGUAAGCUCUAGGUGAGUAGAUACUCGAGGCAUGUUCCCUAAAGCUCCAGGAAGCAGGUAGAGGGCCGGGGGUGAGUGUUUGCUGGACAUUCUCUACAGCGGGAGUCUGAGCCACAGGUGUCCGCCUCAGGGCUCCAGCAUGCCGGACUCCACCGGGAACUUCAGCCUCCUGCAGCGGACCUGCUCUCUGGUGGUGCUGCUGUGCUUCUUACACAUCUUUGUCACCGUCAUUUACUACAUGAGGAACUCGGACUCUCGGCCAGCUUUCGCCCAGAACCAGCAGCAGAGACCGACGAUACACAGGAAACUGGCGGAGCAGAGGGGCACCACUGAGGACAGCAGACCCGCGGCCAACGCCUCGAGCAACGGCCAGGAGCUGCAGAUCUGCCCAGAGGAGCCGCCGCGCCUGGUGGGUCCUCUGCGUGUGGAGUUCUCAGACCCGAUCACGUUAGAAAUGGUGCGGACAGAGAACAGUGUUCUGCAAGAGGGCGGACGCUUCAGACCCCCGGACUGCAUAGCUCGGCAGAAGGUGGCCAUGAUCAUCCCCUUCCGGAACCGAGACGAGCACCUGAAGUUCUGGCUCUAUUACCUGCACCCCAUCCUGCAGCGCCAACAGCUCGACUACGGCGUCUACGUCAUUAACCAGGAUGGCGAGGACACGUUUAAUCGAGCUAAACUCCUGAACAUCGGCUAUGCGGAGGCGCUGAAGGAGUACGAUUACGACUGUUUUGUGUUCAGCGACGUGGACCUGAUCCCGAUGGAUGACCGCAACAUCUACAAGUGCUACAAUCAGCCCAGACACCUGGCCGUCUCCAUGGACAAGUUCGGCUUCAGGCUGCCGUACACACAGUAUUUCGGUGGCGUUUCGUCGCUCAGCAAAGAGCAGUUCCUGAAGAUCAACGGAUUCCCCAACAACUACUGGGGCUGGGGCGGAGAGGACGACGACAUCUUCAACAGGAUCUCCUCCAGAGGAAUGUCGAUAUCUAGGCCUGACGGACUCCUGGGUCGCUGUAGGAUGAUCCGUCAUGAGAGAGACAAGCAGAACGACCCAAACCCUCAAAGAUUUGACCGAAUCGCGCACACAAGGGAAACCAUGGCAACUGACGGGAUCAAUUCGCUAAAAUAUAACGUGGUAAAAAUCGAGAAAGACCUGCUCUUCACCAAAAUCACAGUGGACGUGGGCAAACCCUGAUUCCUGCACAGACACCAAAUAAAAGCUCCACCAAGCGUGCCUUCAUUCUGAGAGUGGACUGUAGAGAUUAUAUGUGUGGCAGACGGGAGUGCUGCCAUCUUUGCACAUGUGAUGGCGAGCGCAGGCAUCGGCGGACUCUUCUGGAAGCGUCCGGAGAGUUUCUCACUCUCUCCUGCUGAGGAACAAACUUUAUUUUGAGCCAUUUAUUUGCAUUAAAUCGCUGAUGCACAUGA